CUCGCCCCUCUGGGAGGAAGUCGAAAGGCGGGAAGCCCCGCCUCUCUCCCGGCUUUGGCUUUCUUCUCAGUUUUACCCGGCCGGCUCCGCCUGUGCCGAAAGCCAGCCGUUCUCUGUCCUCCAUCAGUCGGAGCUCUCCGCUGUGCCACCCGGCUGCGCCUGCGCGACCCCACCCCGCCCCACGCGCGGGCUCGCGAUCCAAUUCCCGCCAGGCCUCCGGCCCACAGCACCCGGCCCGCGCCUUCCCGGUCCGGCGGAGAGCAAGCACCAUGCUCUUCUAUUCCUUUUUCAAGUCCCUUGUCGGCAAGGAUGUGGUCGUGGAACUCAAGAAUGACCUGAGCAUCUGUGGAACCCUCCAUUCUGUGGAUCAGUAUCUCAACAUCAAACUAACUGACAUCAGUGUCACAGACCCUGAGAAAUACCCUCACAUGUUAUCAGUGAAGAACUGCUUCAUCCGGGGCUCAGUGGUUCGCUAUGUGCAGUUGCCAGCAGAUGAAGUCGACACACAGUUGCUACAAGAUGCAGCAAGGAAGGAGGCCCUGCAGCAGAAGCAGUGAUAGUUCCUCCUCCCUUCCCCUCCUUCCAUUGGUGACCCUUAACAUCAUUUCCCAGUCCCGGAGGCCUCCCUCCCAUAUUUCUUGAGGUGUUGUUUGUUUUUUGAUAGCAAAAGCUGCUGUUUGUUUUUUUUUUUAAAGAAUGUGGAUGAGAGGGCUAAUAAUGGGGAGCGGCUGUCCUGUGUUGAGUAGGCUGAGGAACUGAGAAGCCUUCCCUGUCUGCAGCACCUGCCUUUCUCACUUUUCCCCUGGAGGUGGUGGGAGAAUCUAUCAGAUCUUUCCAGGGUGGCAAGUCAUUUAUUGUGGGGAGGGAAGGAAUCUGUCCCGCAUCGGGAAUAAAAUUUAUGAAGCAAA